GUAAUAGUCGCGAUAAAUUAAUUGUAUUACUUCUAGAUUUAAUUUAUUUAAAUAAAGUCAAGUGAGUAUUCUACGAAAAUCAAAAAACAAGUGACAUUGAUAUAUUAUAAAAAGCAUUUAAUAUUUCGAAUCCUUUGCAUAUUUUAAAAGAUAAGAUGUUGUGGUUUGAUUUAUAAUGUGUUAGAAAAGUGUUGAUGUGUUGAUAGGUUUUUCAAAAUGAGGAUAACCUUAUGUCUGUCUUUUCUGUUGUCAGCUGCCCUAGCAACCAACAUUAAAAUGAAUCCUCUCUCAGAUGAGUUCAUCAAUCACAUCAACAGCCAACAAAAUGACUGGAAAGCCGGUAGAAAUUUUGAUGAAAACAUGCCCAUUAGCGAAAUUAAAAAACGUAUGGGUGCUCGUAAGUCAAUUUCAAAAGCGAAACCUACUGUCCACAGCAAAGACAUAGAAAUUCCUGAGUCGUUUGAUGCACGUACCAACUGGCCAGAAUGCUCUAGUGUUAUUGGUUCCAUUGCUGAUCAAUCUGCUUGUGGUUCCUGUUGGGCUGUAUCGACAACUUCCGCUAUGAGCGACAGGCGAUGCAUUGCAUCCGGUGGUUCCCUUCAAGUACCUGUUUCUGCAGAAGACGUAUUGACGUGUUGUACGGAUACAUCUUGUUGGUUGGGUUGCGAUGGAGGUUCUACUCAAGCAGCAUGGAACUAUUGGUUUCAAUCAGGUAUCGUCACUGGAGGCAGAUAUAAUAGUUCUUUGGGGUGUAAACCUUAUCCGUUCCAACCUUGCGACAACUGGCUCGAAGGCAAAUACGUACAGUGUUCAACUUUGUCUUAUGAUACACCAGACUGUACAAGAAGUUGUAGUUCCAGUGGUUUGAACUAUAGGUCUGAAUUGACAUAUGGUAAAUCUAUGGCAGAAAAGUUUGCAACAGUUGAGGAUGUGCAGAGAGAAAUUUUACAAAAUGGACCGGUUACGGCUUCUUUUGUUUUAUAUGAGGACUUCGUAAAUUAUAAAAGUGGUGUCUAUCAUUACGUGGAUGGAGACGAGAUAGGUGGGCACUCAGUAAGAAUCAUUGGAUGGGGUGUCGAAAACAACGUUGCUUAUUGGCUAGUUGCUAACUCUUGGAACGAAGAUUGGGGCGAUGAUGGUCUAUUCAAAAUCAGAAGAGGUGUUGAUGAAUGUUCAUUUGAAAUGGAGAUAAAUGCGGCGCAAGCUAAAGUUUAAGUUAUGAUUACAUUUCAAUAAAGUUGUAUUGAUUUUUUAAUAAUUUUAUUUUUAUUUAUCUUCACAUAAUGGAUACAAAGUGCCCUGUCUUUUAGUAUAAUGAUACUUCAAAGGAAAUGAGAACCUCUUCUGAAACCUACAAAAUUAUAGCACUAUUAGUAUUAGUUAAUUAAUUCUCUGCAUUUAUCUAUCAAUUAUAAGAAGUAAAAACUAUCCACAAAAAACCUGUUCCUGAUAACAAAUAUUGACUUUUAUUCAUUUACUAAUAGUCUGGCAGCUUAUAGCAAAAUCUUAACGACUUGAUCAACAACAUUAAGCGACUUUUAAUUACAAAUAGUCUGGUAGCUUAGAGCGAAAUUUUACUGAUUUGUUCAUUCUAAAUAGCUAGUAAUUAUGUAACUUGCGGUGAUGUUCUCGGAGAUAAGCUAAUUGCUUGCGAUAGUUGUUAUGUCUCAAUACAGCCCUCAGAGGAUUGCGCAGGCCUGGGGGCGUCUGAACUGCGUGCUAUUGUUUUACAAAAAAGAACUCUGGUUUAUUUUUGCGGGGAUUGUCGCCACGCAUUUAAAAGUGUACCCGCACUGCUGAGACAAAUUCAUAGCCUUAGAUCUGAAGUAAAUUCAUUGAAAGAUGGAGUCAAAGAGCUCAAAGAUAGAAAGAACGACAUCCCGAUGAUUAGUGAGGACAUUAUUACCGAACUUCAGGAACGUCAAAAUGGAGCCAACAACUUGCUAAUCUUUAACCUACCUGAGCCAAACAAUGUCUCCGAUGAUCUUAAGAACAACGGUUUUUUGAGAUUUAUAAUGCAUAUAAAAAAACUACAAUAAUAAGUUGAAACAGGCAAAGCAAUUAGCUUAUGAUAACUUUAUAUAUCAUUCAGGUAAAAAAUAUCAAUAAAUACAAAGUGUUCUGCCUUUUGGUAUAAUGAUACUUUAAAAACAAUGAGAACCUCUUUUAAAACCUACAAAAUUAAAGCAGAAGCAAGUCAAGAACAACAGUUUACAAUGAUAAGUUGUAACAGGCAAACCAAUUAGCUUAUGACAGCUUUAUAUAAUAUUCAAAUAAAAAAAAAUCACUAGAUACAAAGCACCCUGUCUUUUGGUAUAAUGAUACUUAAAAAAAAAUGAGAACCUCUCUUGAAACCCACAAAAUUAUAGUAGAUACAAGUCCAGAACAACGGUUUGCAAUGAUAAGUUGAAACAGGCAAAGCAAUUAGCUUAUGACAGCUUUAUAUACCAUUCAGAUCUUUUAAUAUAAUGAAACUUUAAAAGAAAUAAGAAAUUAUUUUGAAAUCUACAAAAUUAUAGCAGAUUCAAGACUAGGUCAACAGUUUUAUGAGAUUUAUAAGAUAUAUAAAAAACUUUACAAUGAUAACGGGUUACAAUGAUAAGUUGGAACAGGCAAAGCAAUUAGAUUAUGACAACUUUAUAUCUAAUUUAGAUAAACAAAAUCUUGCUAAAAGUCAUUAACUUUGAGAGAAAUGUAGAUUUAUCAUCAUUUUAGAGAAUAUAAACAAUAUUAAUUUAAAUUUGGCAGAUGGCAUAUGAAAUUAACAUUAAAAAAAACUUUGCUGGAGAAGAGGCAGGUGGUCAUUCAAUAAGAAUCAUUGGAUGGGGUACUGAAAACAACGUUGCGUAUUGGCUAGUUGCUAACUCUUGGAACGAAGAAUGGGGCGAUGCCGGUCUAUUUAAGAUCAGAAGAGGUGUUAAUGAAUGUGGCAUUGAAGAAGAAAUAUAUGCAGCGCAACCUAAACUUUAAAUAAUUAUUAUAUUUCAAUAAAAUUUAU